UAUGGCUAUCCGCCACAGUACAGUACCAAAACAUCAUCGAACAUGACAGCGGUGUCUAAAAAAAGAGGUCUGCCGCGGCAUUAAUCCUACAUACAACCACAAUGCAACACUUAUUUUCCUUUCCACGGCCUAUAACGUCAUAUGCCCAGCCAGCCUACAUGUGCGAUCCGUUCCAUUCAUGCCUCAUCAUGGUCAGAAUGAGCAAGUAUAACUCAAGACGUAAAAGGAAAGCAACGAAUCAAAAGGAAGCGAAAAGCAGAGAAAGAGACGAAGACCCACCCAAAGUUCGCAGCGAGAUCCUUCACCCACUCGAAGAUCUCUUUUGCCCAACGCCACUGAGGUGACCACCAAACACCGAACCAACCCAUCAUCAUCCAUCUCCUAUGCUCCAAGCCCAAACCGAU